AUGGCCCAUCGCCAUGCCGUUUCCUUCUUCCAGCCUUAUUCAUCGGGUCCAUCGAUAACGCGUUUUCUACAUUCAUCACCUGCAAUACGCUCAAGACCUACAUGUCCUAUACAUCCCUAUAGGCAUACAAGUCUACGAUGGAAUAGCAACGACGCGAAUGCAUCAACUAGCUCUCCGAAAAAGGGUGAUGAUAGUGUCUGGAAUCUACCUGCACCUCCUGCAGGUGCAAAUGCUUUGCCUGUCCCGGAUAACAUAGCUAAUACGACUACAUCGUAUUCCGGCACUGGCUCGACACCAGGGUCCAAAUCUUCAGGUCACGACGAAAGGACGAAAGAGGAAUCGAUAAACCAAAGCAAGCUGGAAAACGAUCCGUCAACAUCUUUACCAAACUACCCGACACUACCACCUUCGACAUCAGAUUUAUCAGACACAUCACCUAAACUUGAAACACCAAAUAUCGCCUCCGACAACGAUGCAUUCUCAGCCAAUCCCUCAUCAUCCCAGUCAUCUAGAAAAGGGAUGGUUCUAACGACGAAACUUCCCUCAUCGAUCACAAUACCGCCCGAAGUCCGAGAACGUAUCUCUCAGUGGUCGACUACGGUUCUCCAACAUUCUAAAAGAGUAGCUAAAGACGCUGAGAAGAGGUUGGUCGAUUUGGGACUGAAGGUUAAUCAGAUGACGGGCUAUCAAGAGGUGGAGAGGUUGAAAGCUUUGGUGUUUGCGAAAGAGGAUAAUCUUCAGACGUUACGGGAAUCGGCUCGCUCAGCAAAGCAGUCAUAUGAUGAAGCAGUAUCUUCACGAUCAUCUGCUCAACGAGAUGUAAACAGCCUACUAGAACGUAAACAUUCUUGGACUGACUCAGAUGUUCUGAGAUUCACUUCACUGGUCAGACAAGACCAUUCAUCUUCUCACGAAGUAUCAAGCACAUCAAUUCAAUUGAAAGAAGCGGAAUUAGCAGUUGAUAAAGCUUUUAGUGAAUUAAUGCAAACAAUCUUACAGAGAUAUCAUGAAGAACAGGUUUGGUCAGAUAAGAUUCGUUCGGUAUCAACUUGGGCAAAUUUAAUGGGUCUAGCAUUGAAUGCCGUCAUCUUCUUGGGUGCAGUGGUCAUUGUAGAACCUUGGAAAAGAAAAAGAUUAGUGGAAAGGUUAGAAGAGAGAAUCACUGGUAUGAUGGAAAAGGUUGAUCAUAGGUUAGCAGGUCUAGAAAUCAAUCUUGUCAAUAGCACAGGAGGAAAGGUAGAUCCCACCAUUGGUGAAAUAGAAUCUGGAUAUCCAGCUGAAGAUAUCCAUCCUAUCAUGGACGAAGAGGAAAUACAACCGGUUAUGGAACUCCCAAUAUUUUCAGUAUCAGCAUUUCCCAUUGUUGACUCAAUCACCCAUUCUUCCCCAUCAUCGCCAACCCUUCAACCUAUCAUACGGACGCAAAUAGAAGGGCUACCACCUUACUUAGACUUAAUUACUCAACCUUCGCAAGAAAGAGAUAUGGCGAUCGCCAGUGCCGCUGGAGCAAUAAUGAUGGGGAUAAUGAUGACUGUAGGAAGAUGGCUGCUCUCAUGA